AUGGAGUCGCCGUGCGUGAAGAAACGCUCGUUGCGCUCCGUCGCACUGGCGUCGAUUGCUCUGGCGACUAUCUCCGUAGUCGCUACAGUGAUUACGGUUCCUUUGGUGUACCGACACGUCCAGCAGCUUCAGUCCGUCAUGACCAACGAAGUCGAAUUUUGCAAGGUUUGUGUGUGGUUUUGAAUGGAGUCCAUAAUGAAAACUGAACUAAAAUAGCAAAAUUUGUACUGUAUCGGACAAAGUGCGAAGCUUUUCAUAUUUUAUUGAUGCUACAAAAAAUCGUUGAAAGGGAAAUUUAAAAAAAUUUUUUCGUUCACAACAAAACUCGAAAUAAAAGUUGUUCUCUGUUUCUCAUUCAGCCAAUCUUCCAAGCCAAACCAGGUUUUAUUUACAGAUUCGUUCUCGUGACAUGUGGCGAGAGAUGGUCACCGUACAAUCGGCAACUGUCGCAGGAGAAGCUCGCAUCGCUCGCAAGACCAAACGAGACGCUUACGGAGCUCAGCCUAUUGAAUCCGCCAGUCCGCCGUCUUCUAUGGCCGGCUCCUGCUGUACCUGCCAAGUUGGUCCACCCGGACCGCCUGGUCCUCCAGGACGUGAUGGUCGUCCCGGAGCUCCUGGAAGACCUGGUAAUCCUGGACCGCCUGGAAGAGAUGGUACUUUGCUUCCCGGACCACCACCUAAACCACCAUGCCAAAAAUGCCCACCAGGACCGCCAGGACCAGCCGGUGAGGAUUUUUCAUAUAACUAAACUUGAGUAGUGAAGUUUUAGUAUCUCAAAGAAUUUCGUAUCAAGAUUUGUUUUUUGGCCGAUUCCUGAACUUCAAUUGAAAUUUUCCUUGCAAUUCCAUAAAAAACGGCGCCUGGAAAGUAAAAAAAAUUUUCAAAGCAUUGAAAGUGGAAUACUUUUCUAUUCACUAAUUUUUUAGGACCACCUGGACCUAAAGGUCUUCCUGGCUCUCAAGGAGAUUCUGGAAAUCCUGGUCAAGACGGCGUACCCGGUCUUCCUGGACCGCCAGGACCUCCAGGACCCCAAGGACCUCCAGGAGUUCCAGGAGAGAAAGGACCAACUGGUGAACCUGGAAAAGUCAUCAAUGGAGCUCCACCAGGACCUCCCGGACCGCCAGGACCACCAGGACCCCAAGGUCCCCCCGGGCCACCUGGAAAGGACGGACAACCAGGAAAGCCCGGACCACCAGGACCACCAGGAGAUUCCGGAGAGAAGGGAGCCGAUGGACUGCCUGGACCUCACGGAGGACCAGGACCACGAGGACCACCUGGACAGCCAGGUGCGUGUUUUUUUCAUUUAUUUUGGCCUGAUAAGAUCAGUUUGCGAAGAAAAACUUAUGAAAACAUGAUUUUUCAGGAUCUUGCGACCACUGCCCACCUCCGCGCACCGGGCCAGGCUACGCUCGCCUCCGUUAAAAAGACAAUAAUUGCUGCUGCGAAUAAAUAUAUCAUUUCAUCCAGUCUUUUGCGUGGUCGUUGA